AUCGGCAACAUUUCACGCGUGACGGCAUUGAUGAAUGUGUUGGACAGAAAUUAAUAAUACGAUUAAGUAAGCAACAAAAAAAGUUGUUUGAUUAGCUUUAUCUUUGAUUCGGAAGAAGUUCUUUUGCUAUUGCUAUCCCAUCCUGUUACAAUCAUAAUUGCUUGAUCUGUAGACAUGACAAAUCCAGACAUACAAGAUGGAGAAGCUUCUCGUCAUGCUUCUUCAUCAAGUGUGCCUGAUGAAACAGCUCAAGCAAUGAAUGCUUUCAUUCAAACAACCGAAGAGGAAGAACAACAAGAUCUUCUGCCAGGCAACCCAACCACUAAAUCAAUCGUUGAAUCAACUUUACCAGAAGUCAUUACAGCACCUUGGCUUAAACCAUCUCAAAGUGGACAAAGACUUCGAUUGGUUGAAGCUGUUCGAUUCCUAGGACCUGCACUAGUUGCUGAGGAUGAACGACAAAGGUUACGUGCAGUCGUUUUGCUCUCUUUGCUCAUUACCACUCUGAUCGAAGAUGAAUCAGCACGUAAAGCGUUAUUCGAUAAGCAAGCAAUCACAACUUUGACAACAUUUUUUGCUUCCAAGAUUGAAGACGGUAAUACAGUAGCAGCCAAUAUUGCUCAAUCGAUGAAUGCAAGAACAGAAGUUAUACCCGGCAGUGCACCCGAAUAUAGAAGGAAAAAGUAUCCACCUGGAACAGAGAUGCUCGUAUCCUCCUUGCGAGCAUUGUUGGCGAUGAGCAAGCUGGAAGGCUUUGCAAGUGAAGCGGCGAAAGCAACAACAGAAAACUUGCUUCAGCAUUCAUCACCUCGUGUUCACCCACAGGCUAUUCGUUUUCUGGUGUAUACAUUGAUGGAUUCUUUGCUCUCGCGUCACAGAAAUGCUCUUAAAACUUUGGGGAACGACUUUGUCAAAGGAUACAUUGAACUGGUGGAAGGCGAAAAAGAUCCACGUAAUCUGGUCUACAUCUUUGCAAUGGAUCGCGUGGUUCUGAUCGAAUGGGAUUCUCUGGACAGCGAAACAAUUGAAAAUUUCUUUGAUGUUACUUAUUGUUACUUCCCCAUCACUUUCAGACCACCUCCCGAUGAUCCAUAUGGUAUCAGCACAAACUCCCUCAGAGUCGCAUUACGCAAAGCUCUUUGUGCAAGUCCACUCUUGGCUCCGCAUGCUUUGCCAUUAUUGAUUGAGAAGAUGCAAGCCAGUGGCGGAAAUGCAAAAAGGGAUACAUUGGAUACUUUGGCUGAAGCAUUACCAGUCUUUGGACGUUCUGCAGCUUUGGCACACGCAAAGGAACUAUGGCAAGGCUAUCGAAUCGAGAUCAUGCAUGCUUCUGACGAUGCUACUGCAAUUUGUGCAACAAGAGCUCUUGAAUCGCUACUAUUUGUGCUUUAUGUCGAUGUUGAACAACCUAACGGUCUUGCUCCAGAAAUUGUGGCGGAUAUGUUGGAUGAAUUGGAAGAACCAUCAAAAGCACAAGCAAAGCCGGCGAGCUCAAUUCUGGCCGCCAUGAUUCGUGCCACGCCUGCUACUUCUCGCUUGGCCAUUCAAGGCUCUUUGGAUCACCUUUUGGGCAUGUACAAAGGAACAGACGAUAUAAGCUUCCGACCUUCGAUCAUGGAUCAUCUCAACACAGUCAUCAAAGCAUUGCGUGAAGCAUAUACCCCAAUCGAGGAGCGUGAAUCCAGUAAAGAGUUAGAAUUGCAAGUCAAAGAAGAAGGUAAAUUCACCUUUGCCAAACCGGCCAGCAAUGAAGCUGCUGAUGCCGGUCUAGCAGGAUUACAAAACAAAGUCCAAGGACCUGUUCGGGAGUAUGCGGUAGAUGGUCGCCCUAUGGACGAUUUCAGAGAUCUUUUGGUUGCUACGAUCGAACAUGGACUCAAAACAAGCAAUACUAGACAAUCAGCUGUAGAGGCUUUCGUUAACUUGAGCCAUAUCGGUUUGUUGACCUUUGCAGAGCUUCGUCAUCUGUGUGGUCAUGUGAAUGAGCUUUUGAUCGAUGAAUCUGCAGAGCCAGUACGAAUUCAGGCAUUGGACGGUUUACGGGAUAUUGGAAAUCGUAAAGUGGUAGAAGAGACUACACUUCCUUUGCUGUUCUCAACACUACCUGAUCAUCUCUCUGCAGCGGACGAAAGACAAAAAGGUGUCAUUCGACGUGCUUUGGGUGCUUUGGCAAAAUUGUGUGAUGCUCCCGACUUUUUCGAUAUGCUUGUUGUCAGAUUGAGUACGAAAUUGGACCUUCUUUGCGCUUCCAAGUACCAAUCAAAUGAUGCGCAAGACCGGGAAGCAAACAUAGGCUAUGCUCGUGGUAUUGUGAAUGCAUUAAUUUUUGUUUUGCAAACAAAGGUACAGAGAAAAGAUCGGGAUACCGCAAGACAUGCUGGAUUAGUUCCACGUCUUUUGGGAUUGGUGAUCGAAUCUGCACUCCGACAAGAUGCGUCAGAGGGAAGCGUUGGAUGCGAUCGUCAGGUAAUUCAAGAUAUUGGUAGACUGUUGAUGCUAUUGGUAAGAUGCCUUGAUACGACAAAACAGAGUGAAUUGUCAACGAUUCUCUAUCCUGCGUUCAUGGAAGGAAAUUUAAAGCUUCUAGCACGAGAUUCAUCCUUGCUCAACAGACUUCUCACAGAGGAACCUUCCCUCAAACUGCAAUUGACCGCCGAUAAUCAGACACAACUUCCCACUCGACAAAGAAAUUUGAUGCACCCCUUUGCAUCUACCAUUGUCGCUUUGCGCAAGGAUGUACCUGCUCCGCCAGGCGAUAUCAACACGAAUGUGCAAAACAUGAUUGGGUGGACGAUCAAUUCAAAUACUGCCCUGCAAGAAGAGGGAGGAUCUUGGCUGUUGGCCGAUUGGAUCAACAAGCAUGUCCAAGAGCCUGUAGUGGAUGCUUUGCAGCAGGCACUAGACAAAUUUUGGGAAGAAGAAAUUGAAAAGAAUGAUAAAAUGGAUUUGGAUGGUAAACAAAAUGCUCAAAACCAGAUCCGUCGUCAAAAGAGAGCGAUUCGAAUCUGGCUCGCAAUGGCUAGAGGGUUCUUGAUCAAGAACAGCAAAAAGGCAGAAUCAAUGGUGAACAGAUUGAUCGCGUUAUUUGAUCAACGUCCUCUUGUUGCCCAUAUCUCUGUUCUACAUGAAGCAGCAAGUGGAAUGGGUAUCCUCUUGCGCGAAGAUCAUGUCUUGUGCAAAGAGAAUGGAUCGGUGAUUCGAUUGUUGUACAGGCAACGAUUUGUCACAUUUGCACUUCCAAAAUUGCUUGACGGACACAAAGCUGCAAAUGCUGUUGGAGUUGAUGCUGAAGCCGAUCAUGCUUCUGUUCAGCGUAAUUUACACUUGGUAGCAAUUUGUGCUCUUUUACCUUCAUUACCUAGGGCAACAUUGAUGGACAGAUUGGCAGAUUUGUUCCCGCUACUGAUCUUGGCUUUGGAUGUACACGAAGAUGGCGUUGUUCAAGCUAGUGCAUCUCAUGUGAUCACCUUGGCGGCAGCAUUGGGAAAGCGCCAACGUGAUGAAGCAAUUUUGGAAGGCAAAGCAGCAACAGCAUUGGGCAGAACACCAAAGCUAUCAGCAGGAGCGGUGAUGGAAAAGAAUUCGUUGGAUUUGGUCAGCGAUCAUAUCAACAGUAUUCUGCAAAGAUUAUUGACGAUUGUCGUUGGGAAGGAGGGGGAAACAGCCAGCAAAGCAUCUGAAUCGACAAAAGUUGCCGCUUUACGUUCAUUGGCAACGAUCGCACGCUGUGUGCCUUAUACAACUUUGCUUCGUCAUCGAACCGCUGUCUUGCGUUCUCUUGGUCAACGUGGACGCGGAAUCGAUGAUGCAAAGAGAAACGUUCGACUGGAUGCUGUUGAUACCCGAGACGCAUGGUAUAGACUCAAAGGCGAAGAGGAUGAAGAAGAAACAUCAUAGAAUGUACUAAUACGAUAAUGCAAUUAUACUUUCAACAG